AUGGAGGAAAAAGCAAAGAAGUUGGAAGCUCAGAUUGGUAACCUGGAGGAAGGAAAAACUGCUAUGAAAAACCUUUUGGUAAUGAUUCCGGAUAUCCUUACCUCUGUUACUAAGAACUUAGAGGAAAUAUCUAAGGUCCUUGAGGGCUCCAACAUUCCCAAACCUAUCGUGGACCUUGAAAUUGAUGAGGAUACUAUUAAGAUAGGGACUAUGGAAAGUGCACCUGGUGGCACGGCAAAGAGAACAAGGGCGAGCAUGAAGAAAGAUAACCUACCCCCACCGACUAAUGACACACCACCGGUAGUGACAGAGAAACAAGAUGAGAAACAAGCAAAGGAACAGGUUAAAGAACAAGUUGAGGUAGAGGUUGAACAUGAGGAAGAGAAAAUAGAGGAAGUGAACACUGAGAAUAUUGAUCCAGAGUCAAACAUUCUUUUCACCAUGAAUGUGGUCACUCAGGAUAUCAAUGUAAUUAUAGAUAAAUCUUCUGAGAAUGUUGAAGAAAAGAAAACUGAAGCCACAAAUAUAGAGAUCUUUGAGCCACCGGUCAACACUCUUGACUCUCAGAAUAUUAUGGAAACAACAGAAGUUAAGAAAACAGAUACCAUCUCUGAUGCUACUCCGCCUAACAUAGAGAAAUUGGAAGAAGCACAAGCAGAAGCGGAGGAAAAAGCAAAAACUAAACACAUAAAUGUUGACAUUCAGAAAAAGGUAGAGAAACCAGUAGAGAAAGAACCUGAACAGAGUAUAGCUGAACCGACAGUCAACAAGACAGAAAGUAAGGAUGAUAGUAAGAUUAUAAACACAGUUGACACACAGAGUGAUAAAAAGGAAGAAAAAAUGAAUAAAGAUGAGGACAAUGAUGGAAAUACGGAAGAAGUGGUUAAGAUAGCACUGACAUGUAAGGUAGAUAAUAUUGUAGGCUCUAUUGUUUUAGAUCAAGAAAUGGUAGUAUAUGAGGAGAAAAUAGAAAAAAUUGAAAAGGAGAAAGCUCGAUUAAGGUUAAAAGCCCGGGAGCUAAAGAACAAACUUGGUCCUAGAUUGGACAUUCUGUUGACACACCGGAAUGGACUAUCUAAGGCUACUAUUCCAGGAGGAAGAUCACUGGAGGAACAAAUGCAUCAUCUAACUGACAUGAUCUGA